CACGUCAUUUCAGUAAAGUGAAUCGAGGCGAACGCACGCGUUGAAGGUUUCUCCGAUGGCGGGAAACGGCGCUGACUCUAGUGACAUUCCAGAAGACGAUCUCGACGGGCCCACCGACGGAGAUGAUAUGUCCUUAGAACCGGAAUACUAUGACAUGUCACAGAAGAGGAAGAUGAUCAUAUUUAACCAUUUCGAGUACAACGAUGAUUACCCAGAACUAAGAAAAAAGCCGGGGACGCGCCACGGCACGCAUCGCGACGUGGAAGCUCUCACAAAGACCGGGGAGAGCCUGAACUUUGAUGUCACAGCCUACCACGAUGGAACUCACGAUGAGAUUCUUGGCAUCAUGGACGAUUUUUGCAAGCAGGAUCACAAAGACACGUCCUGCGUUUGUGUGUGCAUCCUCACUCACGGCUUGGGUGGCGGCCGGCUGUUCGCGCGCGAUAAGUCCUUCAAUCUGGCAGACAUCGUCAGCAAGCUACAAGACCACGCGCCUGGCCUGGUGGGCAAGCCGAAGCUGUUGAUCGUACAGGCAUGUCGCGGCGUGCUGCUGGACGCGGGCAAGCUGGUGCAUGUCGACGGGGCUGGUGAAGUACUGUUACUACCCUCGCAUAUCGACACAUUGGUGCUACGCUCCUCCGUGGAAGACUACCGGUCAUUCCGCAGUGGCCGCGGCUCUUGGUUGAUCCAAGAGUUUUGCCGCGUAGUGGAUGCCAAGCAUCGCCAGAUGGACCUGAUGCAGAUGAUCGUGAUAGUCAGCAGACUGGUGGCUCGCGAGCGCUUGUCCAAAUGUCCAAUGAAUUCCUUGGCACACAACAAAAAGCAGACGCCGGAGAUGCGGUCCACGCUGCUGAAGACCAUACGCUUCACCGACCCUGUCUAGAGUAGACUAAUCAUCAUACUACCAGUUAAACUCUUAAAGGUCUACCGUUUGUCGACGAUGGCAUAUUUAACUUCGUCCUGCCCAAGCAUUUUUAAAGGAACUUCGGUAUUCUACUCAAUAUUCCCAGUUAAGGACACGGUAGUACCUAUCUGGGCUUUGCUUAUUGUAAAUAUGUAGGUAUUUAUUACUUAUAGGCAAUCAAUAAUCAAAGCCCAGAUUAUAUAAUUAUUAUAUGUCUGUCUAGGAUGGUGCUAGUAGUUACGAGUAGUAUGAUAAGAUCUCUUCAACUUCAUUGUUUGUAAGCGCCGCUUGCACCGUUCCACUAACCCGGGGUUAACCGAUUAAACCUGCAUAGGGUUACCAUGGUUACCAGUACAAUUUGACAGAGGGUUAACGGUUUAACCGCUUAACCCCGGGUUAGUGGGAUGGUGCAAGUGGCGCUAAGUAGCUUAGGUCAACUUAGGUACAGCGUCUGAUCU